AUGGAUGGCCAAGAACCCCCAUCCAGAUGGCUCUGUCAAUCUCAAGGUUGUACAAAAUCAUUUCAACGGAAAGAACAUUUGACUCGACAUCAAAAAUCACAUUCCAGCACUUCUCCAGCAUAUGUUUGCAGAAUAUGCCAUAAAGAAUUCUCCCGCAGUGAUGGACUGCAGAGACAUCUUGGGCUUCACGGACAACAAUACAAGAAGCCAACGGGCCGAAGCAGAAGAGCAUGCGCAGCUUGCCAUUCUAGCAAGAUAAAAUGCGAUGGAAAUGAUCUAUGUUCAAGAUGUGAGAAGAAGAGGAUCCCUUGUGUAUAUGGUUUGAGGCAAGAAUCACCGGCUAUAUUUGAUAGACAAGAUGAAGCUUCUAAAGGAGAUGAUAUGAGUGAUGGAGAGGGCUCAGAAUUUUCAAUGUCCGAAAAUUUACCAGGCAAUGAGAAUUCCGCUGGAACAACUUUGCAGUCUGGCCGGAUUUCCAGUCCUGUUGACACAUUCGUUUCUGGUCAAUCCUCCGAUGCGAUUCAGAAAUUCAACCCCAUACCGGCAUCUGACCCUUCUCAAACACCCAACUCCCUACCAACAAUGCAUACAUCUCAAGAAUUGCAUGAGUUAUCGGUAAGAACGACAGUGCUCAAUCAUUCGCUCGCUGUUGAAGAUUCAAAUUCAUUGGGUUCAAGAAGCCUACCCUCAGGACUUAUAAAUUGGUCAAAUAUGAGGAUCCAACAAGAUAAACAUGAAGCACGAGAAGCAUCCCGAAAUCCUCUUCUUCCUAUCUCCAAACUCGACUACCUGUGUUCACUCACAAAAGAAACUGUCGAGAGGUAUCGUGCUUUAUACUUUGCCCACUUCCACUAUCGUUGGCCGAUAAUUCAUUCCGCAUCAUAUGAGGAGGAUGCAGAGGCACCCGAGCUUUUACUCCCCUCUAUACUGAUGAUUGGUGGCUGGAUUGAUGGGAAUAUAAGCUCGAGAGAUUGGGCAUUGAAAGUUCACCAUAACCUGGUAGAACAUAUUCUUCCGCGUCUGUGUCAUACCAAUGGUAUGGAUACAAUGACGCAGCCUUUACCCAUUGUUUUGUACCAGUGUACCUUGCUGAACAUUAUUUUUGUAUCAUACUCUGGAAACCACGACAUUCUGGCAAAAGGUCUAAUCCUACGCAAUCUACUUGCUACCUCUAUAUGCGAGGUUGGGAUUUUAACGCUUGGAAUUAUCUAUGUAGACGAUAAACCCGGUUUCUUUCUACCAUUUCAUCUGGUUAAACAACAACAAAGACAGAGAAUUGCAGUUGAUCUAUUUAAGAUUGAUACAUAUCUCAGUGUGAUAAAAGGGCAACCGCCAUUGAUCAGGCCAGAAGAACUGCACUUCAAUAUUCCAGAGACUAUUGCACAUUGGAACGCUAACGGCCUUCAAAUGUGGGAGAUUCGUCACCCUGAUGAACCAAAAUCUCGAAGUCAGCGUUCGAUUAUUAUGAUGCUUGAAGAAUUAGCCCUCGGAACAAUCGAGUUUUCGGAGAAGGAAUCUCUGUUGGAGGAUGUUCAAAUUUGUCUUUGGGCCAUGCAGUCACAAAUUUCGCAACUUUCAAAACGAGCUCAGCCUACAAGGCGGAAUGACCUAAGUCUAAAUCUUCAGAGAGAAUCGUUGAAACGGCAAGUGGAUUCGCUAAAACGUGGUCUCACGAAACUUUCUACUAGGAUAUCAGGUCCCGAGGUGUUCGAACAAGCGGAUCGUUCUCUAGUUCGAUAUUACUACGGACUUGAAGACCAUGACAAGCCUGAUUGGAAAGAUAUUGUCUCCCAAAGGAUUCACAGCUUCAUUUUUGACACUUCUAUACUUCAUCAUCUGAUGAGCCUACAAUUGUUCACCGAGACUCAGACUCUAAGAAUGCUCGCCAAAGAUCUAGCCCUAUCCAGCAACGUGAAAGAAGUUUUCGGAGGUGUAUAUACUUAUCCACAUACCCAGCGCGUAUCAGCAGCACGCGCCUGGACACAAGAAUCCAAUUCCAGACGAGCAUUAUGGCACGCCACCGAAAUCCUCCUUAGUCACAAGCAACUCACCAUGACUCCCUCCCUCGCCAACUUCAUCCCCGAUCCAAUUUCCUACAUAGCUCUAGCUUCUGCAGCACUAGUCGUUUGGGCCCAUUGUAUGUACGGUCAAGAGAUAUGCAACACCAUCUCGUCUGUCUCAACAUCAAUGCCUCACGAAGUGGGCAUGUCUAUCGAGUUGACGAAACUGAGCGAAGUGAUAAGUGGUUCAUCGUACGAUGAAAGGGGUAAGGAAGUAUGGAUUGAGGGUGGUGCUUACUUUCGAGCUUCGAUUGAAAAUGUGCAAUUGUGUGGCUGUAAUAUCGGGAUUGUCAUGAAAAAGUUCAGGACUCAUAUACCGCAUGAUUGGCAGGCUGUGGAGGAGAUUGCACCAAAUGUUCUUGGCCAAGCUUUUAAUGAAUGA